UUUUUUUUUCUUUUUCUUUAUUUUAUUAUUAAUUUAGUCACCCAUGGCUAGUAUGAUGAAUAGUCCAGCACCCAUGGAGGAUCAAACUAAACUAUUAGAUGAAGUUCUAAACGUUGUUAGAAUUCAAGCUCAUCAGAUGAACAAUUGCUUGGAAAACAACAAACUUAUGGAUGGUCUCAAACAUUGUUCCAACAUGUUAGCUGAAUUACGAACCUCUGCUUUGACACCGAAAACAUAUUAUGAACUUUAUAUGGCUGUUUUUGAUGCUCUUCGUCAUCUUACUAUUUAUCUUACUGAAGCACAUCAGGCUGGUCGACAUCAUCUUGCUGACUUGUAUGAAUUAGUUCAGUAUGCUGGAAACAUUGUUCCACGACUUUAUUUAAUGAUCACUGUGGGUUCUGCAUAUAUGAGUAUGCCUGAUGCUCCUGUUCGUGAAAUUAUGCGUGAUAUGAUGGAAAUGACUCGUGGUGUACAACAUCCCAUUCGCGGUUUAUUCUUACGACAUUAUCUUAGUGGUAUGACUCGAGAUCAUCUUCCGGUAGGGGAAGGUUCUGGACCUGAAGGCAAUAUUCGCGAAUCUAUUGAAUUUAUCUUGACCAAUUUUACUGAAAUGAAUAAAUUAUGGGUCCGUUUACAACAUCAAGGUCAUUCUCGGGAUAGGGAAAAACGUGAAGCUGAGCGCCAAGAAUUAAAAAUCCUUGUUGGUACCAAUUUAGUACGACUUAGUCAAUUGGAUGGUGUUGAUCUCAGUAUAUAUCAAACCAAUAUUCUUCCUGGUGUACUUCAUCAAGUUGUUAGUUGUCGUGAUGUGAUUGCUCAAGAAUAUCUUAUGGAAGUAAUUACUCAAGUCUUUCCGGAUGAAUUCCAUUUGCGUACACUUCAACCAUUCCUUUCUGCUACUGCACAAUUACAUCCAAAGGUGAAUGUCAAGCAAAUUAUUAUCUCUUUAAUUGAUCGACUUGCAGCAUACGCAGCCCGUGAAGCCGAAGGUGAAGAAGAAGUCGAAGAACCUGUCUCUGGUGUCAAGCCUCCCCAAAAGGUGGAUGAAGCGAACAAAGAACAAGAAGCCACGGAUGAACAUCAACAAGGGGAUGAAAAUGGCCAAGAUGAAGUCACUGAUGCGAAGGAUGAUGCUGAAAAAAAUCAAGAUACCAUCAAGGAUGAAGGUGAUGCUACUGAAAAGGAUGAAAGUGCACAAGAUGAUACUACUACUGCUACUGUGGAAAAUACUGAAGAAUCCAAACCUGUCAAGAAAGUAAGGGGUAUCCCUCAAGAUGUGGAAUUAUUUGUUGUCUUUUGGAGUCAGAUUGUAGAACUUGUGAAGGCUCGACCUGAUUUGGGUAUUCAAGAUUUGAUGGGUUUGUUGGUAUCCUUGAUCAAUCUUUCACUGUCAUGUUAUCCUGAAAAAUUGGACUAUGUGGAUCAAAUUCUCACCUAUGCAAAAGGCAAGAUGACUGAAUUCUCCGACUCGCCUGAUCUUCACUCCAAAGUGACAGAGGGUAAUCUUUUACGACUCCUUCAAGCACCUAUUAUUCAAUACUCCUCGGUGCUUACACUCUUGUCAUUGUCGAAUUAUCAGCCAUUGUUAGUCAUGCAACCUUUUAACACUCGCCGCGCCAUCGCUCACUCUGUUGUGCAAAGCAUUCGCCGAAAUGAAACUAUCAUUGAAACUCCUGAAGAUGUACAUGGUGUAUUGGAAUUGUGUGAUGUGCUUCUUCGUGAUCAAAAGGAUGCUCCUAUGGCUCCCACCUCUGGUUAUACCAAUGGACGAGGACGAAAUGAAUUUUCCGCGAUGGAUCAAGAAGAUUUUAAAGAAGAACAAGGUUGGAUAGCCAGAAUUGUACACUUGUUCCAAUCCAAGGAUGAAGAUACUCAAUUUUUGCUAUUGUCUGCCGCCCGAAAACAAUUUGGUGAUGGUGGUGAACGUAUCCGAUACACAUUCCCUCCUUUAAUUGUAUCAGCAGUUAAGCUUGCAAGAAGAUAUAAAGUUCAACAAGAACAGGAUGAAAUCUGGGAAAAGAAAACAUCAACCCUUUUCCGAUUCAUACAUCAGGUGAUAUCAACUCUCAACCACAAAUGCGAAGCAGCAGAUAUAUGUUUACAUCUCUUCUUGAUGGCUGGGCAAAGUGCAGAUGAAAUUGGUUUUGAAGAAAUUGCAUAUGAAUUCUUUGUGGAAGCAUUCAGUAUAUACGAAGAAUCUAUCUCAGAAUCCAAGGCACAAUAUCAAGCAAUUACUUGUAUUAUCGGUGCUCUUCAACAAACUCGGGUCUUCUCUGCUGAUAACUAUGAUACUCUGAUUACCAAAGCAGCUUUACAUAGUGCAAAACUACUGAAGAAACCAGAUCAAUGUCGUGCGCUUUAUCUUGCUUCUCACUUGUGGUGGAAUGUGGACCAAGGAAAUGAAGAAGAAACUGGUAAACCUAUUUUCAAGGAAGGCAAACGUGCUUUGGAAUGUCUUCAAAAGGCUCUCAAGAUUGCUGAUAGUUGUAUGGACUCAGUUACCAAUGUGGAAUUGUUUGUUGAAAUCUUGAAUCAAUAUAUUUACUACUUUGAAAAGGGCAACGAAGCGGUUACCGUCAAGUACCUGAACGGUUUGAUUGAUUUGAUUCACACCAAUUUGAACAACAUGGAUGAUCCUGAUCAACACCCACCUACUGCCAACUCAUCUUCUCUUAUCCAACAAGAAGGAAUUUUAUCUGACUAUGUUCGUCGUCACUUCCGUGCCACUCUUUUAUAUCUUCAAGAACGUAAAAACAGUGAAACGGUGACUGAAUGGGGUGCUAAAUAUGAUGAUGUGGAUUUGGGUGACUUUUAGAGGAUGGAAUGAUUAGUUUAUGAUGUAGUUUAUUGUAGUUUAGUAUCCUUCGUAUUAUUAGUAUACAUAUUUAUAUAUCAAAGGUUGACAAAUAAAAUAAAAAAACACAUAGUUGUACUUUAUGGAUUUCUUC